CGUCACUAGAUUAGCACAAAGCAGUGUUGUGAAACGCUUGUUGACUACAUGUGAUAGCGCCGCGCCGGCUUCUUUUGUGCGAAAUUUGGACAUUGCGAAUUAAUUUAUUUCGAACCACUGCCGCAGAAUGUCGCUGCAAUUCCAAAACGACUGCGGGGACUCCGUAAAGCAAGCUAUCAUCGAGGAGCUGCAGAACCUCCUCAGCUCGGACACAGGAAUCCUGCAGCAGGCGGAGAAAAGGACCAAGCAGCUGGAGUAUACGGAAGGCUAUGGCGUCUACCUGUCCGAGAUCAUUAUGAACCAGGCGCACGAGCUGCCGCUCCGUCAAAUUGCGAUCGUGAUGCUCACUCGCUACGUGGAGAACCACUGGACGGACGACGACGACGAUGUCAAAGGAAAAGUCAACGGCUGCAUGGCCAGCGAGCAGGCAAAGCGAACCAUCCGUAACAUUCUACCCAACGGACUGUACGAUCCCAACUCCAAGAUACGCUCCUCGGUCGCACAUACCAUCUCCACAAUAGCUGCCACGGAUUAUCCACAUGGCUGGACGGAGUUGUUCGAUAUUAUUGUGAAAUGCCUGGGCGGCAACGAGGACUCCAUACACGGUGCCAUGCAGGUACUGCAGGAUUUCAGCUACGACGUGGAACAGAUCAAGGAACUUGGUCCAGUAGUCAUACCCGAAGUCUAUCGCAUUUUUGACUCGGAGCAGAACUACUCCAUCAAAACAAGAGUAUCGGCCAUCCGCAUCCUGAAGCCACUUUUCGCUUCCAUUGCAACACUGAUCACCAACAAAGAUGAGCAGAGCACCAUGAUGAGCUCCAUUUUGACUAACUUCAUGGACAAGCUAAUGCAUUACCUGAGUAUGAACAGCGGUGCCGGUUCCAGUUUCCUUCUUCGCUCGGAAAUCAUCAAGGUGUUCACCCAUUUGGUCAACGAAAUGCCGAAGUACAUCAACCCCUUCAUGGACCGAGUUCUGCCCAUAGUCUGGCAGCUACUCACACAAAUAGCCGAGACUUACGUGAAAGUGUCGGUGAACCAGACUGAAACAAAUCCCCUGGCCAGCGGUGACAGCGAGGAGGAUGACGAGCAGACCAAUUUCCAAACACUGAUCAUCCAGAUCCUUGAGUUCAUCAACUGCAUACUGACAUGCAACAAACUACGUGGCAGCAUCAAGAAUGUGCUGGCCGACCUUAUAUACAUAACCAUUGUUUACAUUCAGCUGAGCGAGGAGCAAUUGGAGGACUGGCAGGAUGAUCCGGAAAAGUUCGUGGAUGAUGAAGACGAUGGCGGUGUGGAGCUCACGGUGCGCAUGUGCGGCCGCGAUGUCCUCCUGGCCAUUAACGACGAGUUCGGAGCCAACGCUAUUCAGCCAUUGCAGGAGGCAUUGGGCAGACACUUUAGUGUGGCCGAGGCAGAAAAAGCGGCCAACAAUCCCAACUGGUGGAAGAUCCAGGAGGCCUGCAUGGAUGCCGUGCACGCUUUCCGCGACGUCAUCCUCGGCGGCGAGUCUACGUUUGACCUCCUCAACUAUUUGACCAUUGUUCGGAAUUUGCUUGUACACCAGGAAUCUCCGCCACUUGUUGGUCGUGCCCUUUGGACUUUGAGCAUCUACUCUAAGUCGGACCUGUACAAUCCACAAAUGUUGACCGAGAUCCUUGAUGUUACGCUGUGCAGCCUGUCUCCGGAAAAAUCACAUAUCCUAAGAAUCAGCGCAGUGCGCACCCUGAAUGGCUUCCUGCAGGCGAACGAAACAAUCGAUGGUGAGAAGCGAACCUUGUUGGUCUCAAAGCUGCCGGGUUUCCUUGAGGGAAUUAUGGCUUUAGUGCCGGGUUGCAGGGCAACAGUUCUAGCUUUGCUUAUGGAAGCUCUGACUUUCAUGGUUAAAUUCGAUGCUGAGUUUGCCUUUGCUAGCCAGGCAAAGAUUACUCCCCUGGCCAUUGCUGUAUUCCUAAAAUACACCGAAGAUCCUUAUGUGCUUGAAACUGUACAGGAUCUUAUCAAAGCUCUGUGUCAGCGCAAGGAGUGCCUGGGACCGCUACAGGAAAAGUUUAUACCAACUAUCGUGAGCAUUCUGGGGCUGACAGGAGCAGCUUCCACGGAAAAGCAGGAUAUUGCACUAGACGUUCUCAACACAAUCGUCCGCUACACGGAGCCGCCGCUGAACAAUACCCUGCUGGAGACAGCCUUUCCGGCGAUAAUUAACUGCGUUUUACACACGGACGACCAUUCUGUCAUGGUAGCCGGCGGCGAGUGCCUACGCAGCUUUAUUAAUGUGUCCCCGGAGCAAAUCUGCAGCUAUAAGAACGGCGAGGGCAUCAACUGCAUUAUGCAGGUUGUGGCCACUGUGCUGCUGAAUCCGAUGAACAGCGAAAUGACGGCGGCCGGCCAAAUUGGACGCCUCGUCAUCACUAUUAUCACCAAGAUGGGAAGCAUGCUCGGCCAGAAUGUGGACAUGUUGCUGAAGGCUGUGAUAAGCAAAAUGCAGAACCUCGAGUGCCUAAAAGUGAUUAUGAAUCUUGUUUUAAUCUUCGCCCAUUUGUUCCUGACGCAAAUGGACGCCGUGCUCAACUUUCUGUCCACCGUUCCCGGACCCAACGGAGAGCCAGCGAUGCAGUUCGUUCUCACCAACUGGCUCUCUCGCCAGAACUCCUUUUUCGGAAACUACGAGCGCAAGGUCACCACCAUGGCACUGUGCAAGCUGUUUGAAUAUGGUGUGGCCACUCAGGACAACCGUUUGACCACAAUAACAUUCAAAGAAUUGGUGGACGAUCCCACUGAUACGCGCAGACGUACUCGCUCCGUGGCGGCUUCAACCCAGAAGUGGGUAACAAUUCCGGCGCUCGUCAAGAUCUUUAAGGUUUUGAUCUCCGAGUACCAGCACUUCCAAGAGAGCAAGACCGACGAACCUCUUACGGACAGCGAAGAGGACGGCGAUGAUGAGGAUGCGCCCGGCAAUCCGGCCAAGCCGCGUUACAUCUCCGAUCUGUUCGAGGCGGACGAGGAUAACGCCGAUGACGAACACCUGUUGCAGGAGCUGCUUAAGGAAACCAACUACCAGGGCGACAUAGCCGACAACCUGCAGAAGUUCCUUACCACCUUCACGCAGAACGAACAUUUUCCCACUUUCUAUGAACACCUCACUGAGGGUGAACGUCUCAUCCUGCUCAGCAAGGUCCAGCAGAAGUAGGGUAUAGCUCGGAAACCUCUCUGUGUGUGUAUUGUUCGUAAUAUUGUGUUAUUCAUAUUUAUGUAUUGUUGCUAACUCUUGAAAUGAAUAUACAUUUAUAUAUUUUAUUAA